AUUAGAUCAUACCUUUGUACAAAAGAUAAUACUACUCCAAUAAUUUAAUUUCUUUCUAACAAUACAAUGGUCGAAAGGAAAAGAGCCAUUUACAUCACUCACAAUCAGACUGGAAUGAACGACCAAGUCAACUCACAAAAAUUCAAAGCAGUGACAGAAAACCCUAGAAAAAUGUAGAAAUAAAAACAUGACUUUAGAGACCAAUCAUCUCCAUCAAUUCUCCUCAAUACUCCAUUUAGUUAGUUGUCUUAACGUGCAGAAACAACCAUGGAUGAUCACGAUCCAGUGCAUGGGAUUGGGAAGAGGCCUCUCUCUCCUCCAUUCUACUCUUCCCCUCUCGACAUGUCUCCCAUCGUCACCGCCCUCUCCCAAGUCCUCGCCUCCACUUCUUCCCAAUCCACACCCCUUCAACCUCAACCUCAACCUCAACCUCAACUACAAGAAAACAGUGCAAGAAAUAAUGAAAUGAGGAGACACUACAGAGGAGUCCGGCAGCGUCCGUGGGGACGAUUUGCGGCCGAGAUUCGCGACCCUGUCAAGGCCGCGAGAGUGUGGCUUGGCACCUUCGACUCCGCGGAAGCUGCGGCCCUCGCCUACGACGAGGCCGCGCUUAGGUUCAAAGGGAACAAGGCAAAGCUCAACUUUCCCGAGAGGGUUCAGGGAAGGACUCGAUUUGGAUACCUAACAAAUGGAUGCAUCGUACCUAAAUUUUCUUCUCAGUCUCAAACUACUAAUCGUCAAGAAAACUGCAUCAACCUUGGUCUCUCUAACCAUGGAAAUUCAUCUAAUUCGCAAGGGUUUUACGGUGGAGGGACUCUUGUUUCUGAGGCCUCGUCUCGUGCGGCUGUAGCUUCCGAUGAGGAUGAGCAGAAGCUGCAAAUUGAUGCCCAUUUUGGAACUACUCAUAAAUGGGGAGAAUCUGGAAGCAAGAGGAUGAAAAGAUGGACAGAAGGCCAUCAAUGAGGAAUGGGCUGAACCGGUGAGAAUUUCGACACAUACGCUCGUUCAAUAAACGUAACAAUAACUAUUUCUAUAUUUAUUAUGAUGUGUAUGUAUGAUUUUGAAUAUUAGAUGAAUAAUAUUUGGAUGUUUUAUAUAUAUAUGUACGACUUUGAAAGUUAGAUGUUUAAUAUUUGGAUGUUUUUGUUGGGAUUUCAAUUCUUUGUGAUCAAUAUGUUAUACACUGUUAUUAAUAAAAAUUAUUGCUGGUAUAUAUAUACCUGAAUAUGUAAUUAAAAUUGAAUUGUAAAAUAGAAUGUGAAGCAGUUUAAAAAGGAAUUAUGUGGGGUACUAUAAAUGUGCAUUUACAUAGUUAAACAUUUUAGGUAUUUUACAUUUAAAAUCACUUCAUAAACACUAUUAAACACUAACUGUACUAACAAAUUAUAUUUAAUACUCCGUAUAUCUAAAAAUAUAGUACUCCGUUGUAUAAUUUAUAUGCAAUUGUUUUAUUUAACUACUACUCUUGUUGUUCCAAGAUAAUUGAAUUUUUUUUUCUUUUGCGAGAAAUUUAUGAAAUUGAUGCUUAAAGGUUAAAUUAAAGUGAAAAACUAAUACAGUAUGAGAGAAAAAUAGAAAGAAUAAAUUUUUUGUCAAAAAGAAAACUACUAUAGUAUUAUUUUUGCUACAUCUAUUAUCUUUACAAACAUUAAAUAAGAUUGUUAUAGUAAAGUAAAGUUUUAGGACAGUUAAAAUUUUUAUAAAAAAUUUGACUGUAUAUUGGAACAUUUCAAAAUUAAGAAAACUAGAAUAUAUAUUAGAAGAUUUCAAAAGAAAUACAGGAAUAAUUUCAUGGAACGGUGAGAUUAUAUGUAUAUAGUAGAAUAACCCAAUUCCAUUUGAAAGCAGUGAGAUUCCGGAUUCACUGCUUCCUAAGAAAUUGUGAGAAAUCUGUCUGUAUUGGAAUAAUUUCACAUGGAGAAAUUUGUGAUUAUCUAGAUUGGUUUCGAAAUAUACAUGUUAUUUGUAUGUGUGCACAACUUACACAUAAUAUAAGCUUUUGUAUAUAAAAUAUAAAGACUUGGAUGAGAAUGAAGCAAAGUAAUUCGACACACAGAGAUAAAGAGAGGAGACUCGCCUGGCAUGGUAGAGACACUUGACCGUUGAUAGGUAGUUCCAAAGCUUGAAAAGAGAAGUCUAAAAUAAUAAUU